ACCCGGAAAUGGCCCUCGGCGGCGGCGCCUCGGCCAAUGGGCGGCCCGUGCGUAGGCAAGAGGGAAAAGGUCAGGGCAGGUAUGGAGAUGGCGGCGCUAACGGAGGUUGCCGGGCAGAUAAAACCGUGUCCGUGAGGGAAACGAAGGCGAGAUGGUUUGCGCCUCGCACUGCGGCUGAGCCUUCCUCGCGACAGCAGCUUCCGCCGCCGCCGCCUCUCCUUUUCCCGCGUCCGGUUCCUCGCGCCGUCCUCCGCCCAGACCAAUGAGCGUCGCGCACGAGCUGCUGUGGCGCCUGCUGCACCUCAUCCUCCACGUCCAGCGCGCGCUCUUCGCCUGGUUCCGAGGCUGGUUCGGAGGUCGCGGCUCGUGGCUCAGCCGUUGGCGGCGGCGCGCGGCUUCGGCCGCGGCCGCCGUCGCCUCGCGGGCUCUCCUGGCCCCGGCGGCGGUGGGCACGGGGGCUUUCGCCUACCACAGGCCGGCGGCGGCAGGGCGGAAGGUGGUCGGAGGAGGAGGCGGCGGCCGGUGGCGCAAGGACGGGAAGUCUCUGCAUAAGCUGCCGGGCCACGUCGGGCUGGUGGUGGUCGAGGAGGAGCAGAGCUACGCGGACAUGGCCAGCCUGGUGGUGUGGUGCAUGGCGGUGGGCAUCUCCUAUGUCACCGUCUACGACCAAGAAGGUUUUUUCAAAAGAAAUAAUUCAAGGCUAAUGGAUGAAAUCCUAAAGCAGCAGCAGGAAUUGUUAAAUCUUGACCGUUCCAAAUAUACAGUGAAGUUUGCAAAUCAAGAUAAAACAGAUCAAGUUUUAAAUUGCCAAUCUACACUGAAUGUGCUGUCUUCAGAGGAUGGGAAGACAGAUAUAGUAAAAGCAGCUCAGAAAUUUUGCCACUUAGUAGCACAAAAACAAAAAAAAUGCACAGAUCUGGAUAUGGACGUCUUGGAAAACUUAUUAACUAGUACUAAUGGCUUUCCUGACCCAGAAUUAAUAUUAAAGUUUGGUCCUGUGGACAGUGUAUUAGGCUUUCUUCCAUGGCAGAUCCGAUUGACAGAGAUUGUUUCUUUGCCUUCACAUGUGAACAUCAGUUAUGAAGAAUUCUUCUCUGCCCUCCGUCACUAUUCAAACUGUGAACAGCGCGUGGGAAAAUAACUUCUUGCUGAACAUUAUCAGGAUUUCCAUGGAAAGGACCCAGUGUCUCUGUUUACAAGUACCUGUGAUACAUAAAGUCCAGUACAUAGUCUCUUAAUUUAUCAAAUUCAAUAAAGUGUCUUACCUUUUUAGAAUUUGUAUGCGUGUGUACUCAUAGUCUUUGGAGUUGCGGGGAAAGCAGUGGUCCACUGCUGUGGCAUAUGACAUACCAUAAAUAUUGUAAAACAACUGUUUAGAAGCUUCAGGCCUCUCUUUCCAGUGACCAAAUCCUUAAUACAAGGAAUACUUCUGACUUUGAGGGAACCAAUCUAAGUAGCGCUACAAUCAAUGGGGAGAAACACUGGACCAUAUAAAAACCCUUCCUAGAAUUUUCUGCUGUCAUACCUUUGUCGUCUCAUUCUCAUUGGACUUGAAUAACUGAAAGUCUAGGAAGCUGUCUGCAUAGUUGUCCUCAAAAGCGUCUAGAAAUGCACCUCAGGGGUUUGCGGGCGUGUGUGUGCUUAAAAUGGAAUUAAAAGUAUAGCUGAAAAAGAUAAGCGUAGAAAGCUCAAGGGGUUUCUCAAACAUGCUUUUUAAUCACACAUGUUAAGUACAUUAUGAAAUAACCAUUAGAACUGGCAGCUGCAAAAACUAUAGCCACAGUCUUCCCUUUCUCUCUUAGGAAGGUGGGUGUUUCCACAACUUGUUAAUUGACAAUUAAACACUUUAUUAGAAGUCAAUAAAUGUUGGGUUGGAUCAUCACCAUAUAACGGAAUCGCAUAAACUGAUUUCCCCCCAAACAAUAUGAACUAUAAGAUAUACAUUACAGUGUGUGUUUUAAAAUGGUAUACUCAAAUUCUAAGGUAAGUUAAGAAAUACGACUUGUACUAUUUUAAAAGGCUUAAUUUCAUUUUGAUAAUUAUAGUCCAAAUCCACUGUGAUGCAUUCAUUUUAAACAUAAGUAAAAUUGUCAAUUUACAUUUUUGUGGUAAUGUAAAUGAAUUGUGUUUGGCUGCAUAUAGCAGCAAAGGGCAGGAAAGUAUUAAUUUAAUAUGCACUGAUGAACCUGUUCCCCUCCCCCCAUUAUAAGAUAUGGCAUGACUGUCUGCAUAAAUGACUGUGACAAUUGUUGUAUGGCAGUGUGAUAAUACAAUCUAAUUGCAAAACAAAUAUGCAGAAAAAUAAAAUUCAUAGACUCAUUUUCUUGAUCCUGCAGCUACUUAGGUGCUGUUUAAUAUAUAUGGUAUACUGUUCCUUCAAACUCUUAACCUAAUUUUAUCCCUAAACAUUGAUUGGUGAAGUUAAGUGUCCAGGUGUUCCUUUUCAAAAGAGUAUUUUCUUAUGGAAUGGAAAGCCCAUUAUUUUUUUGGUUUAAAAUGGAACCAAAUUUAAUAUAUUUUGCAAAUGGCUUUUUAUAAAUGCCACAAAUCAGUGUAGUAAAGUAUUGCAGAUCAUGCUGCUAUUUAACAGUAUUUUUCUUUUUUAGAUCAAAUCUGUAAUAGGUUCAAAAAGCUCAUAACAAGAGUAAACUAAUUGAUUUCUUAUUGCUUGUUUUUGAGAAAAAUAUGCUUUCUGCUGUGAGCUAAUGAAGUAAAAAGGCACCAGGAUGAUAUUCACAGUCAUUUGAAUACCAGAAGCUUUUUCCUGCUUUGCUGUAGUCCUCAAAUUUCUAUUAUGAAGACCAUGAACUUGUGCAAUAUAUUUCAGUAAUGCUUUUGACUAAUGCACACAGUUCUACAAUUUGGACAUUUUUGGUUUGUUAGAGAGAGGGUGUAUGGAGCGUAGCCUGAAAGAGAGAUUCUAGGUAGUAAACCUCUGUGUGGUUGGAAUCAUCUGGAGAGAACUGGCAAAUGAAAUUCAGAAUCAUGAGCUUACCAAAAGAAUUCUGGUACAGUAAAUGACAAUUACAAGAGCAAAGGGGAGAGUUUUAUGUUCCUUUUUUUUUACUUGUUAAUUUCUUUCCUUGCUUAUAUCAGUCUGCUGCAAAUUGCCAAAGAAUAUUUACAGUGCCCACCCUGAUUUUGGUCAUUCCUUGUCACAUUUGACACCAUUAGUUUCUGUAAUUUGGGCCAGAAUUUAACAAUGAGUUAGCUGUGCCAAAAACACUGUGCAUAUCCACAAUUUACUCUUUUUGAAUGUAUGUCAUUGCAGUAAGCUUCCCCCUCCCUCUGUUGUCUUGUGAGAAGAUAUAGCAGUGACAUUAUGUAUAUCUUUGGAUACCUGUAAAUAAUAUGUAAAGCAAGUUUUUAUGAUGAAGAAAUUCUUGGAUUUCAUUACUGAGAGUAAAAUCUGAACCUGUAAAACAAAUAAAUUUAUCUUUCUACAGGCA